AUGACAUUACAUAAAAUAUUCGUCUCAGUGUUUAUCAGCUACUUUGUUGCUGUUGCCGGUUUGCAGACUUGUGGAGCUUUUCAUUGGCUAUUUACUGAUGUGUAUGCCUUAGUAAAGCGUUCCUUGCAGAACUAUAGAAUUUUCACUUUGUUUACAAUUGGUGAUGGUGUCACAUCUACCCUUACAUUUGCAGCAGCCUGUGCAUCAGCAGGCGUGACUGUGCUCAUUGAUAAUGAUCUUGGAAGUUGUUCCAAAAAACACUGGCAAUUUGAAACAGCUACAGGCAUGGCCUUCAUUUGUUGGUUCACCACAGUUCCAUCGUUUCUCCUGAACUUCUGGUCUAUAGCUUGGCGGUAA